ACGAUGACAGAUACACCCGCUAUCAAUAAUGCUGUUGAAGAAAAAAAUGGUAUAACUGGAAAGUUAGAAGAAUUAAUAAGUGAAGAGGAUGAAAUUACUUUAGAAGAUUUGGCGCCAGACGGUGGAUGGGGAUGGAUGAUUGCACUAGCAAUGAUAUUAAUUAUGUUCACUACAAUAGGUCCAUCAUCAUCAUUUGCUAUAAUCUUUGGCGAUUUCCUCGAAAAUUCCGGGAAGGCGGGUAUGGCAUCAAGCCUUUUUAAUUCUGUCUUUAUGGUCAAUUAUUCUAUUGCUAGUUUGCUGACCAAUACAUUGCUGAAGAGAUAUUCUACAAGGCCGGUUGGAAUUGUAGGUGCACUCUUCUUUGCGUUAUCUAAUAUCAUCAUAGCUUUCGUCAGAAACAUAUACGAGAUGGCUUUUAUCUGUUUUCUUCAAGGUUUUGGAAUGGGCUUAAUUUUUACAAUUAUCAACACGGUUUUCAACUCGUACUUUGUAAAGAAAAGAGCAAAAGUGAUGUACGCGUCGCAAGUUAUCGUUGCACUGGGCGGAAUUAUUUAUCCUACAUUAUGUGACAAGAUGCUGCCAAUCUACGGUUUUCGCGGUACUGCGGCAAUAAUAGGCGCUCUAAGCCUUCAUAGUGUUGUUGGAAUGAUAAUGAUGCAUCCCGUGGAAUGGCAUGCUAGAAAGCUGGAAGAUGUUCGUGCGGAGAAAGCUCGUGAGAAGGAAAAAAAAAUUUCUCAAGAAUUGGCACUAUCGAAUCGUCAUUCAACUAUUGACGUGGUUCACUUAUCUAUUAAGACUAAAUGGAGCAGUCUUCGGAGUCUCAAGGAAGAAAGAAGCUCAGAAAUGCCGUUGCUGAUUGUUAAGGCUUCUGCGCAAAGAGUUGCGUCAGUCUCAGCAAUUGAGGGUCGUGGAAGAGCAAAAUCAGGAUCUAUAUGGGAAAGUUUAUCGAGACGUACAUCGGCUAUUUCAGCCUCUAGCUUAGUUAAUUUGGCGACUCGCACGACUUGUAUAUUGAGCGAUUUAAGGCAACUUCAUCUGGAAAAGAAAUACAGUGGGAGACAGGUAGAUAAAGAAAAUCGAGAGAAGGAAGAGAAACAUAAUAAGGAAAUCCAGGAGAAGGGAGAAAAACAAAAUAAAGAAAUCCAGGAAAAGAAAGAGGAGCAAAGUAAAGAGGUCAAGGAGGAGGAAGAAAAACAAGAAAAAGAAAUCCAGGAGAAUGGAAAGAAACAAAACACUGAAAUAGAACAAAAGGUGACAGGGUACAAAACCAUUUUGAGAGAACUUGUGGAUAUGUCCCUGGUGAAGAACAUCUGUUUCAUAAAUUUGUGCUUUGGCGUCAGUUUUGUGUGUAAUGCCGAUUUUGACUUUUCUUCUCUUCUUCCACUUAUGAUGACCGAUGCAGGAUAUCCAAAAGCCGAUGCCGCAUUGAGUGUCACAAUUAGUGGAAUUGCUGAGCUAGUGUCAAAAAUUUUGUUGUCAGUUUUUACACUGAUAAUAAACAUAAAAUCGAAGUAUAUAUUUUUUACUGCCACAAUCUUGAUGGGAUUCGCAAGAAUAGGCUUUCUAUUAUAUGAGCAUACGCUUAAAGGAGCGUUAAUUACGAUAGCGUUAAUCGGCGCUGUGCGAUCGUGGCUGCUAGUUCCGCAGCCUUUAGUUAUCAUAGAAGACCUCAACAUAGAAAAAUUUGCCUCAGCUUAUGGUAUCAACGCUGUCAUCAGCAGUUUAGUUACAAUAAUUUUUGGUGCCAUCGUAGGAAUUAUCAAGGAUUGGACUGGUAGCUACAAAAUAUAUCAAAUUUCUCUACUAGUAAUGAAUAGUGUAUUUAUUUUACCUUGGAUUUUGCAAUUCAUCUUCGUGGACUUCAAAAAAUGGCGGAAACAUCGCGCACAAAAAACUAACACCAUUGACUAUCGGUGGGACUAA